AUGGGCUGGGUACACAAUGCUUCGCCGGAGAUCGACGCCCAGUCCAGGUAUCCCGUCAUUCUGGGAGUGUGCAUUGCUCUGACUCUCUUGAUGGUCAUCACUGUUUGCCUGCGACUGUUCGUGCGCAUCAAACUUGGGCGGUUUGACGCUGCCGACUAUGUGAUGGUGUUUGGAAUGAUCUUCAGUAUCGUUUACAAUGCUCUUUGUAUAGCUCAAAGCCGUUAUGGACUGGGGUUACCACUGUCUUUGCGGCCAAAGCCAGACCUCCCAACGUACACGAAGCUCAACUACGCCGGUCGGCCAUUCUACCAACUCGGAAUCGCCGGUUUCAAAGCCGCACUGUGCAUCAACUACCUUCAUCUGCUCGCAAAGACGUCCAAGCGCUUCUACCGCAUGUUGGUCUGGGGGGUGAUCCUACUGUCGACCCUGGGACAUGUGGCUGGCACACUGGUUCUGAUCAUAAACUGCAAGCUGGUCGAGCGAUCCUGGAAUCAGACCAUUGCUGGUAAAUGCCUUCCGGUAGGACCGACCUUCUACGGUCUUGCAGCCUUUACAAUCAUAUCCGAUGUGUUCGUCAUCUUCCUGCCGAUUCCAUUGCUGCUCCAGUUGAAAGUGAAACCGGCACAGAAGGCAGGAGUGGUGUGCUUGUUCCUGCUCGGGUUGUUCACCACCCUCUGCUCCAUUCUACGCCUAACUCAGAUUCAUCGCGUGGUGGCCGUAGAUGGUGAUUCGACCAUGUUAGUCUUGUGGGGUACAAUCGAAUUCAAUGUCGGGGUGAGUUGGACGUUAAGCGCAAAGAUAGAACGUGAUCUGACCGAUGUCCAGAAUAUCGUCACCUCUCUUCCAUUCCUUACGCCCCUUCUCAAGAUAUGGGUCCGCGACUUUCAGUCCCGCAGUGGCGGCGAGCUUCGCAAGAACACCGGUUACACAUUGCAAUCAUACUCCAAGAACCGACGGUCGCAAUUGAGAUCCGAAAACUCCAAGGAGCCAGUCCUUGCUCAACGAACGCCCAGCGAGGAGCUAAUCCUCGACGCUGACGAUUCCACUGCUCGAGCGAACGCCGAGAUCCACGUCACGGUCGAGUACCGCGUCUCACACGAGAACCAUAAAUGA